UUGCUUGUUAUUGGGAAAACGACAGGAAGAAUAUUUACAGCAGCCCUUUAACGACCAUACUGUAAAUAUUUGUGCCUGGGUAGUUUGCUUUAAGACAGAAAUCCCAGCUCAGCACAUAAGGAUUCAGUCAGUUUUACUUCCAAGGAAAUGUGUGGAAAGUUGGCAGGCUAAACCACUGUCUCUUAUGGACAACCAGCACGAAACUAUUCCCAAUAACAGGACAACAGGAACAUUUUCUUCACUAUAAUUACAGAGAAUUGUUACCAAUGUUAAUGAAUAUUGAAUCUAGUAGUAGUAACAGCCUUGUCAAUGAAAUAUGUAUUAUGUGCAGCACUCUGCCCUUAAUUACAUAGCUUAAAAAGAAUAAUCUAUUUUUAAAUUAGACUUGGGGAAAUAUUACUACUUUGCACACAUAAAUUUAAAUAUUUUCCGAUCUAAAAACCAGAAGUCUGGUUGGAGCAAAAGCAUCCAUUUAUGGAUAACUAGACAAGAGGAAAGAAAGUCAUUUGGGGAAAUAUCCUAGGCCUAAGUGUUGAGCAGUAGUUAGGCAUUAAAGAAAGUCAACAUCUACUAGGAUCUGGAGAUAGUUAGAAUCUGCCAUUUUAAAAAGCGUGUGCAUAAGAGAGGUUUUUCAGCUAUGGGAUCUGCUUCAUCUUUGGUUAAUCCAAUGGUCACUGUUGGGGAGGUGAUUGAAGAUCCAUAUGAGGGAGGGGGUGGUGAGGCCUGCGAAAUUCCUGUUGAAGUAAAGCCCAAGGCCCGUCUUCUGCGUAGUUCUUUUCGACGGGUAGGUGCAUCCCGGCCUGGAGGCCUCAUUGGCGCAAGCUUCAAGUCUACUGCGUCUGUACAAGAGUUGGAAUGCAUGGCAGAGUAUGAACGCCUGAAAAAAGAAUACGAGAUAUUUCGCAUUAGCAAGAACAAUGAAGUGGCUGCCAUGAUGAAGAAAGAAGCCAAGCUGGACAAAGAAAACAAACGCUUGAGGGCAGAGCUUCAGGCACUUCAGAAAACAUAUCAGAAAAUCCUCAGAGAAAAGGAAAGUGCUGUAGAGUCCAAAUAUCAAGCUAUGGAAAGAGCAGCUACAUUUGAACAUGAUCGGGACAAAGUCAGGAGGCAGUUCAAAAUUUUCAGAGAAACCAAAGAAAAUGAAAUUCAGGAUCUACUGAGGGCCAAGCGAGAGCUUGAAGCAAAACUUCAGAGGUUGCAAGCUCAGGGUAUCCAAAUAGUUGAUCCUGAAGAAUCAGAUUCAGAUGACAGCUGUACAGAAAUUACUGCUGCUGGGACUCAGACAGAAUAUUGGAUGGGAGGAGCCUUGGCAAGUGAGCCUUCCAUGGGCAGCAUGAUGCAACUUCAGCAGUCUUUUAGAGGACCUGAGUUUGCGCAUAGUUCCAUAGAUGUGGAAGGGCCAUUUGCCAAUGUCAGUAGAGAUGAUUGGGAUGCAGCUGUUGCCAGUUUAUUGCAAGUCACUCCUUUGUUUUCCCACUCUUUAUGGAGUAACACAGUAAGAGUGUAUCUCAUUAACACUGAAGAGACUCAGUUGGAAGUAGACAUUUUCAUAAAGAAAUACUCUCCAAAACUUCAGAAAUAUUGUGAGGCGAUGGAGUAUUUUUUUCAAGUUGUCUAUUUUCCAGAAAAUGAGAGUUGUCUACAUGCUGUAAGAAAAUGGGAAAUUGAGAAAAGUUCUCUAACAAUUUUGUUUUUACAUUUAAAUCUGCCAAGGCAUCUACUAAAUGAGUGUGAAGAAGCAUUUUUGAAAAACCCUGAAGGGAAACCUCGGCUCAUUUACCACCGACUCGAAGAUGGUCAAGUCAGUUCAGAUUCUGUGCAGCAAUUAAUUGAGCAAGUUCGUUUUGUGAAUAAAGCAAAGAUCAUCAACCACAUGGGAGGAUUAGAGGAAGGAGCAUAUGAAGUAUAUAAUUAUGUGGAAAAGAUUAUAAAACAGGAUAUAUUGGUCUGUGAAGUUUCACAUAUAGAAAAGAAAAAUGUGACUGAUAAUGGUGACUCUUCAAUUCCUGAAGAGGAACUGUUUGGAGAUGUACUAUGGGAUGCACAUGAUGAACAAGAACAAAUGGAGGCUUUCCAGCAGGCAUCUAAUUCGACGUGUGAGCUAGGAUUUGACAAAUAUUAUGAAAGUCUGAAUGAUUUUGUGGCAGCCCCUGCACCAAUUCCACCUCUCCUUGUAACUGGACAGCCAGGCUCCGGAAAAUCUCUUCUUUUAUCAAAAUGGAUUCAAUUACAGCAGAAGCAUUCUCCAAAUACACUCAUUCUCUAUCAUUUUGUUGGGAAACCAAUGUCGAGCAGUUCGGAGCCUACACUGAUUCUUAAACGUCUCACUUUAAAACUUAUGCAAAAUUCCUGGUCAGUUUCACCUACCUUAUUGGAACCAGCUAAAUUAUUAGAAGAAUUUCCUCGUUGGCUAGAAAAACUUUCUGCUCGCCAGCAAGGCAACAUUAUAAUAAUUAUUGAUUCAGUUGAUCGGAUACAGCAAGCUGAAAAGCAUAUGAAGUGGCUGAUUGAUCCAUUGCCAGUGAAUGUAAGAGUUGUGGUAUCUGUGAAUGUUGAAAGUUGUCCACAAGCUUGGAGGCUGUGGCCUACCCUUCAUCUUGAACCAUUAACUGUCAGCUAUGUGAAAUAUCUGAUUAAUGAAGAAUGCAAAAGUGCAAGUCUGAAGCUGACCAAAGAACAGCACCAAAAGCACAGAAGAUAUUGAUGUACUUCUAGAGAAGUGUUUUGAGUGCCAGGAUGUCAUGGCUCUUUACCAGCUAGUUUUGAGAUCAUUUGAAGAAUCCUUGAAAAGUGAAAAGGAGAAAAGGCUCAUGAAAGAGAUUCUAUGCCUCAUCAGUGUUAGUCACAAUGGAAUCAGUGAAUCAGAACUCAUGGAACUCUGCCCUGAACUAUCAUGGGAAAUGCUUGCCUCCUUAAUUUACAGUAUGCACAAAAUGUGCAUUUUGACAUAUAGCUGUGGUUUGUUAAGUUUUCAGCAUCUUCAGGCUUGGGAUACAGUGAAAUUGGAAUAUAUAGGAGGAAGUCAGAAUGGUUUUGCCUCUCACAGAGAAAAAUUGAUAGACUAUUUUACCAGGCAACUGAGUGGAGAACGAAUGACAUGGAGGAGUGCAGAUGAAUUGCCCUGGUUGUUCCAGCAACAAGGGGAUAAGCAGAAGUUACAUAAAUGCUUAUUGAAUCUCUCUAUAUCUCAGAAUCUUUAUAAAAGGGGACAUUUUGCAGAACUACUCAGCUACUGGCAGCUUCUUGGAAAAGAUAAGAGCUCCAUGGCAGUAGAAUAUUUUAGUUCUCUAAAGUUAUAUGAGAAAAAUUGUGAAGGAGAAGAAAGCAUGAUCUGUUUGGCUGAUCUUUAUGAGACCCUGGGACAAUUUCUUAAAGACCUAGGUCUUCUCAGUCAGGCAAUUGCUCCAUUGCAGCGCUCACUGGAGAUUCGAGAGACUGCUCUUGAUCCAGAUCAUCCCAAAGUGGCCCAGUCACUUCAUCAAUUAGCUAGUGUUUAUGUGCAAUGGAAGAAAUAUGGCAAUGCUGAGCAGUUAUAUAAACAAGCACUUGAAAUCUCUGAAAAUGCUUAUGGAUCUGAUCAUCUCAGGAUAGCUCGUGAACUUGAUGCUCUGGCAACAUUAUAUCAGAAGCAGAACAAAUUUGAACAAGCUGAACAUCUUAGGAAGAAAUCCUUCAAAAUUCAGCAAAAAACUGCAAGACGGAAAGGCAGUCUGUAUGGAUUUGCUCUUCUUCGUCAACGAUCUUUGCAGUUGGAAGAGCUGACUUUAGGUAAAGAUACCUCAGAUAAUGCUCGAACACUUAAUGAGCUUGGAGUUCUCUACUAUCUUCAGAAUAAUCUAGAGACAGCAGAACUUUUCUUGAAACGCUCUUUGGAAAUGAGAGAACGGGUUCUUGGACCCAGUCACCCUGAUUGUGCUCAGUCACUGAACAAUUUAGCAGCACUCAACAAUGAAAAGAAGAACUAUUACAAGGCAGAGGAAUUGUAUGAGCGAGCAUUGAACAUCAGGAGAGGAGCAUUAGCAUCUGACCAUCCUUCUUUGGCUUACACUGUGAAACAUCUAGCUGUGCUUUACAAAAAGCUGGGAAAGCUUGACAGAGCUGUUCCUCUGUAUGAGCUUGCUGUUGAAAUCAGACAAAAAUCCUUUGGUCCAAAACAUCCAAGUGUGGCUACUGCUUUAGUAAAUCUGGCAGUUCUUUAUUGUCAAAUGAAAAAACAUCAGGAAGCAUUGCCUCUGUAUGAACGUGCACUGAAAAUUUAUGAAGACAGCUUUGGGCAUAUGCAUCCUCGUGUAGGGGAAACAUUAAAAAAUUUGGCUGUGCUAAGCUAUGAAGUGGGUGAGUUUGAGAAGGCUGCUGAGCUCUAUAAGAAAUCCAUGGAAAUUAAAGAAGAAGAGAUGUUGAUAAUGGGUGGAAAAGCUACUUCCCAUCACUCAUCAACUGGAGAUACACUCAGCAUUAAAAGUGCUUUUUCUCACAACAUGUAUUUUCAACAUGGACCAAGAUAAUGGAAGAAAUUGGUGUUUACAUGACUCCAACACAGUGCAGCUGUCAUAAUAAAUGCACGCAAGUUGCCAAGUGCCCAAAUUUUGAUCAUGUGGCCAGAGGGAUACUACAACAAUCGUCAAGUGUGAAAACUAUUAAUAAGUCACUUUUUUCAGCUUCGUUAUAACUUUGGUCUCUAAAUGAAUGUUUGUAAGUUGAGGACUACCUGUGAUUGAGAUAGAGAAUAGGAAAACUAGAUCUGAAUAGAAAUAUUUAAAAAUAAUAACACAAAUGCUUAAUUGCUAAAAAUACAGACUUUGGAAUGGGAAAAAAAACUUACGUUAAAUAUAUUCUGGUUUCAUUUGUGUCCAGUAAUAACUAUACUCUACAAUUUAGUACUAUACAGAUAUGAUUCUCCAUUUUCCCUGUAAUUCCUUAUGCUUUUCUAAGGACUGGGAAAUAACUAUUGUUGAUGUUCUUUAACUGUAUUCUAGUUCCCAAACAUGGGCUUGCUUUACUGAAAAAAGCCAAUUUCAAAUAUUGGUUUAGGAAAGUAAAGUUUCAAUAAACUAUAAUAAACAUCCACAGUAUACAGUUGCAUUUGCACUUUUUGUUGUAUUUAAUUGAAUGUUUUAUUUUUAUUUUCCAUGGGAUAAUAAGUUGUACAGUAUAUACAG